CGCUCUGCUUGGCCCUCGCGGGGAGCCGUAGAGAGUCAUAUGAUGAGGGAGGUAAACAUCUGAGUCUGUCGGGACUCGAGCAGCGAGGGUUCCGCGUCUGACACGCUACGCAGCCGAGCCGUGAGGGGCGUUUGACGGUGUUCAUGGCCAUGGAGCCGCGCUAUGAGAGGGGAGCGGCGCUGUCUCCGCUGGAGGAGUCCAGCGCGGAGGUCAGCAGGGAUAGCGGCGUGGUGUCCCUGAGCGCCAGCAGCCUGUCGAUGGCCAGCGAGGCCCUGAGUAGCGGGGCCGUGUCCCAGAGCCCCAGCUUCGGGGGGAACGUGUCCCAGAGCCCCAGCUUUGGCCCAGCCGUCCCGCAGAGCCCCAGCUUCGGGCCCAGCGCGGCGCUGGAGCCGCAGGCAGCCCUGGAACCAAACGAGCAGGACGAGGAGAUGCUGAAGCGCACGGCGCUCAGCUACUCCACAUACAUCCGCGCAAACGCUGGAGAGGAGAUCCUGUGUCUGGAGAAGAGUCUGGAAGAAAUGCUGACUCGAGUGGAUGAGUUUGUGGGGAUGCUGGACAUGAUUCGCAACGACACCUCUCAGAUAGUGAACACCAACCUGCCUCAGAUUCACCGAAAAGCAGAAGACAUGAGAGAGAUUUACAGAAAAAUUGAUAAGUUGGAGGCUUUUGUCAAGAUGGUCGCAGCCAAUGUGAGCGCCAUGGAGGAGCAGGUUACCCAAGCAGAAGGUGAAGUGAAGACCCUGCCGGGUGCUUUCAAAAAGAUUUUCCGGAGCGUCCCUGGAUUUUUAAACAAACCUGCCAGCCCCAAAAGAACACCACAACAGCACCAAGAGAUUCCCCCCAUAUUCAGGACUGACGAUUACUUCACACCUCACCCAGAGCAGUGACAACAGCCACUGCGGCGCUGACCUUUGCCAAGGUCAAAACUGCACACAAGACCCAGUCCAGCGUGGACUGUAACGGCUGCUGUGUCUGACGGACACUUGCCUUCAACAGCAAUAUAAACACGGUACUCGAGAACACUGAGCUUAAUCUAACGGCACCAGAUCACAGCCAAGUGCUAUUUUAGUAGACUGUUUGACGGCAGCUAGUUUUAUAACCAAAAACCUUUUGUUUUAAAGAACUCGCAUUGUUUAAAGUGCCUCUCCUGGAAGCUGGUGGCUGUGUUCACCCAUCUGACUGAGAAAGCAUGCUAGCGGUCAUCAGAACACGAGGGCAGUUUCUGGGGGUUUUUACUUAGGCUUGUGUAUAGUUUUAUAGUGUUAUCAUAUGAUCUUGGUCCCUUUUUUCCAGCACUCGAGGUCUUUUUUGCACGAUUAACACCUGACUCCUGUCGUUUUCCCUCCUUGUUCUGAUUUAACAGUCCGUCAGAUGCUGUGAUUUGAUGACAGGGGAGCCACUGUUGCACGUGGUUCUUCAUCAUCAUGUAAAUGUUCUUGCUGUCUGAUCUCCUUUUAUACUUCAGUGUCAUUAAUCGGUUAACUAUUUAAAUCAUCUGAUUUGGAAUUAACAUUCAUUUAUUUAUAAUAAAAUACAAAUACUGUAAAAAAAAAAAUAAUAAUAAAGUA